GACGAUCACCAUGAAAAUCGAAAAGCUAUACACAUACCCCAUCAAAUCCCUCCGCGAAAUCUCCCUCUCCUCCGCCCACCUCACACCCACAGGCUUCCAAUACGACCGCCGCUUCAUGCUCCUCAAGGUCACCACCAAACCAGACGGCGUGGAGGAGCUGAGACAUAUGAGCGUGUCAAAGUUUCCGGAGAUGGCACUGUUCAGGACGGAUAUCCUUUUCCCGAAGGGGGAUGGGGAUGGGGACGAGACUAGCGAGGGGAGGAUUGUUGUUACUUACUCGCCUCCGACUGACACAGCAUAUAUGGACGGGGAGAAGAGGAUGGAAGUCCCGCUACAACCGGAUGUGGAAGAAUUAAAUCUCAAGGAGGUACAAAUAUCACUCCACGGAAGUCCAACGAGGGCGUAUGAUAUGGGUCCAGAAUAUAACGACUGGUUCAGUGGGUGUUUCCGGUAUAGGGUUGUGCUGGUAUAUCUAGGACCGCAUUCGCGUCGUGUGUUGGGGAAUUUUGCGCCGUUGAAGUGGCGGACUUCGAAUAAUUGGGUAAAUAUGGGCUUGGGUCUUGGUUUGAGAUCACCGAGGGUAUUAGUUGAAGGAACAGCGGUCGUGAUGGUUCUAUGGACGGUCCUUGUUUACGGGUAUGGGUAUGGAUCGAUAUCGAUUUAUUUUCUCGUGGGUGCGGCUAUACUACGAGUAUUUCCCCUCUUCCAGAAUUCUGCGCCGACAAGCUCGAAGGCAAGAAAGAAAGAACGAGAAGAAGCAUACAUAACCUUCGCCGACUGCGCGCCCUACCUAGCCACCUCCGUGACAUCGCUAGACAACGUCUCAGCCCGACUCCAGGGUAAGACAAUGGACAUGACCAAGUUCCGGCCUAACAUCGUUAUUUCCGGUGCCGAGACCGCAUUCGAAGAAGACUUCUGGACUGAACUCACCAUUCCCAACCAAAGCCAAAACCAAAGAGAAAGCAGACUAUUAUUAACGGCAAACUGCGUCCGCUGCACGAGCAUCAACGUCGACUACACAACCGGCAAAAUGGGCAAAGGCGAGGAGGGAAGUGUAUUGAAGAAACUAAUGAAAGAUAGACGGGUUGAUACGGGGGCGCGGUUUAGUCCGGUUUUUGGGCGGUAUGCUUUUUUACCUACUCUUACUGGGAAGGGGAUGGAGGUUAGGGUUGGGGAUGAGGUGGUUGUUUCGGGGAGGGCGGAGGUUAGGAGUGUUUAUGAUUGGCCGGGGAUGGGGAAGGGAUAAUGGCAUUGCAUUUGUUGAAUUCGUGUGUUAUGUCAGGCUGCAGAGCCUGUAAUAUAGGGUAGAGGCAGUAGCUCUCUUACCAUUUUUACUUCUCUACUUGC